GUCCUUUCUUUGGGUUUCAUUGAGCAAUGCUCUAGUAGAGCCAACGUAGGCAAACAGCCGCCACCACCCUCACCAUGAAAAUAGAAGGUGCCUCGGUGGUCCUUGCUCUGGCAUUUUUCUGCUUCUUCUCAGAUGUUGCCAGUCAAGCUUCGAUUAAGAAUGAAUGCAGGAAAAUCUGGUCGCUUCUGCGCAGCGGGAAGUUUUCCUGUCCCACCACCAGGGAGCCCUUCAGAAGCCCCAAUAACAAAGGAGACCUCAACAAGUGCAUGAUGUGCCAAAGGCUGCUGGAAAGAGACUCAAAAAACCARGGGAGUGGUGGAGAUUUGGACAGGAACGUGAACUCCUUGGGAAAGGACGAGUGCCGGGAGUUCCGGGAUCUGUUCAGGAGGGGGAAGCUUUCCUGCACCAGGGAGAACGACCCUGUCCGGGAUGCCUCUGGAAAACAGCACAGCAAUAAAUGCAUCAUGUGUGCAGAGAAGUUCAAAAGGGAGAAUGAGCGGAAGUUAUCUAAAAACAGACAAGGAAAGGAUAAGGAUGACUGCAGCGAGUUUCGCUCCCAGUUUGAARCUGGUGGACGCCUGUCCUGCACCAGGGAGAACGCCCCUGUCCGGGAUGCUUCUGGCAGGCAGCACACCAACAAGUGUCUCAUGUGUGCCGAGAAGUUCAAAAAGGAAGCUCAGAGAGGGGGUGGAGCGCUCCAGCGCAACAAAUCGCCCUCUUUGGAGAGAACAAACCAGAAGAACUGUGGUGGUUCACGGCAGGGUGUAAACGACAGACGUCCCUUCUCAUCGGGCAGAGGCCCACAAGGUCAGCGUGGCAGGAACUGCAACCGGUCCCCCGGCCGCAAGUCACAGAGCAGAGACACCGACGAGGACCCGGCGCUGGACUGUGAUCGAAUUCUGCACGGGGUAAAGGGUGGAAGGAUUUUCUGCAGCGAAUCCUCACAACCAGUCUGUGGCACUGAUGGGAAAACAUACAAAAAUGAAUGUGACUUGUGUUCAGCUGCCAUGAGAGCUUCCAACUUCAUCACGGUAAACUAUCGAGGCGAGUGCCGAGCGCCUGGCCCUGAAGUGGAGUAAUGGAGUUCAGARUGCCAGCAAACACCAGGGAUCAGCUGUGACCAAAGAGCGAGAAAAGGAAGAGUCGAUGUCGAGCACCAGGGGAGCUGCAGAGUCCCCAGGGCUGCCAGAGCUGCCUUCAUCCCCUUCUGCAGCAAACAGAGCCCAUCCUUGCUCAGGUGGAGGGCGAAAGGCUGUGGGGCCUCGGUGGUGUGUGCCUCGCUGUGUCUUACCGUGCUUCUCCAAUAAAGAUAACUCCUCAGCUUCAUGUCACUUUUCUUCACUGAGCCUCGGGGGAGGGACACACGAGCCCCCAGUGUGGCUUUUGCCUAGGCAAUAAGCACCAGCUGCUGUAAAUACCUGGCGAAGAUGUUGGACCCAAGGAGGAAGAGUGUGGUCUGGGGUUUUGUGAGGAGGGGUCAGGGGUCAGGUUCUCUCUGGCUCGUUACGGGGUCUUGGGUUAAUCACUUUCACUGCCCUAUCAGCCCUUUUCUCCUGCCUGUAAAACCAACAUUAAACGAUACUUACCUACCUCAGAGGGUUGUUU